AUGGAGAAUAAUAUUGGAUUUAGGAUUGUACAAAAUGGGGACACAGUUUUGAAAGUCUUUGUCCCUGAUGAUGACAGAAUACAGGGAGUAAAUUCUUUUCAGGACAGAAACAAGGUACUUGCUGUUUCACGUGUAAUGGUUGCUUGGCAACUUAUUGGUUUAUCAAUGGGCAUCUGUGAUAUGUGCCAUAGGUACCUUAAGGAGAGGAAACGGUUUGGAGUACCAUUAGCAGCUUUCCAAUCAGGCAAGAGCAACAGCUGCCUUGUGGCAAAGGCAUUCUGUGACUUAGAACCUAUCUACACCCUCGAAGGCACGUAUGACAUUAUCAACCUGGUCACAGGCAGGGAAGUUACUGGUUUUGCCAGCUUUAAUCCUGCUGCCCAAAAAAGUAGGCUGUGA